UCAACAGGCAUUCCAUGCUCAGGUUUGCGGGUUCAAGAACCCAUACAAGAACUCUAUUGUGCAUCCAGAAUCUGGUUCACAGGCAGGUUCCCACACAGUCCAGACUCUGCUGGGCUAUAUGAAAGUAAAGUAAGAUCUGCUAUUCUACUGACAGUAGCAGAUCUGUACUGAACAGCCCUUGAAGUCACAAAUUCAUGGAUCUGGAGUCGAAUAUUAACUAACGGGUGGAACAUAUGUUAUAAGAGAGCUGCGUUUUCCAUUACUGCGCAGUGCGCUCCGAUUCACAGACAAGAGAGGAACGGACUUGGACGCACGUCAAGAGAGCCACCGACCGAUGCGACGCUAGCGUGCCAAAAACACUCCAGAAAAAAAACAGAAGAAAUGGAGAAACGAAAGGAACAUGAGUUGAAAAUUCAAGAAAAUGGAAAGACAAGCAAAUCACCGAAACUAUGUGGGACCAACUACCCUGUCAGCAUCUCCUUUAUAGUGGUGAAUGAGUUCUGUGAACGCUUCUCCUACUAUGGCAUGAAAGCGGUGCUGACACUGUACUUCAUCAACUACCUGCAUUGGGACCAGAACCUGUCCACAGCAGUGUACCAUGCCUUCUCCAGCCUCUGCUACUUCACCCCUGUGCUGGGGGCCCUCAUCGCUGACUCCUGGCUGGGCAAGUUCAAGACCAUUGUCUACCUCUCUGUUGUCUAUGUGCUCGGUCACAUCGUCAAGUCUGUUGGGGCCAUACCGAGUGUGGGGGACUCAACCAUACACAUAGUACUGUCUAUGGUGGGUCUGAUCCUCAUAGCCUUUGGUACAGGAGGUAUCAAACCCUGUGUAGCAGCGUUCGGAGGUGACCAGUUUGAUGAAGAGCAUACAAAUGAAAGGAGGAAAUUCUUCUCCAUUUUCUACAUGUCCAUCAAUGGUGGGAGUGUCUUAUCGACACUCAUCACACCAAUAUUGCGAGGAGAUGUGCAGUGUUUUGGUGGUGACUGCUAUGCUCUUGCCUUCGGAGUACCAGCGAUUUUGAUGGUAAUUGCUCUAGUUGUGUUCAUCUCUGGAAGUGGGAUGUAUAAGAAGAGUCCACCGGAAGGGAACAUCUUGUUGGAUGUGUGUAAGUGCAUGGGGUUGGCCAUCAAGAACCGCUGGAAGAGCUCUAAGUAUGACCCUAAGAAGAAACACUGGCUGGACUGGGCAGAGGAGAAGUAUCCGAGACGUCUGAUCCAUGAGAUUAAGAUGGUCCUAAGGGUUCUAGUGCUCUACAUCCCUCUGCCCAUGUUCUGGGCUCUGUUUGACCAGCAGGGAUCCCGUUGGACUCUCCAGGCCACCCGGAUGAACAUGGCCUUCGGAUCAACAUUUGUCCUGAAGCCUGAUCAAAUGCAGAUGUUAAACGCUCUGCUGAUCCUCGUGUUUGUGCCUAUCUUUGACAUGGUUGUGUACCCACUCAUAGGCCUGUGUAGGAUCAAUCUCACGCCGCUGAAGAAGAUGGCUGUGGGUAUGAUCUUUGCAGCGCUGGCCUUCGGUUCUGCCACCUUGGUGGAGGUCAAUGUCACGAAAACGGUGGUGGAGCCUGCGCCACAGGGACAAUGUCUGCUACAGGUCUACAAUCUGGCUGUCAGUGACGUCAAACUGAACAUCCCAGGGAGUAACCUCUUCUCACAACCCAUCAAAUCCUAUGAGGAUCCACCAGCAUAUCAGCAUAUUCAACUAGGGGGACACAACAAGACCAUCAAUAUGGUGGUCACCCAAAAUGAAAGCCCUUACCAGUGUGUCCAGACCUUCACAGAGCAGAAAGCCUACACUCUCGUCCUGCACAGCAAUGGUUCUGGGAUUGUGUGUAAACUAGCGACAGACAACAUACAUAAAAGUGAAAAAAUGGAAGCGUACCUGAGAUUCAUCAACACACGGAGCGAGGCUGUGAACAUAACAGUGGGUGCUGUGGAUUUUUACGUACCUGAAGACUAUGGCAUAUCUCCCCAUAACAGUGUGGAAAGAAAAGAGUACACAAAUGAUAAGUGUACAUCAGGCUCACAGGAUUUCCUCAUCACCCUGGGCCUGCUUGACUUUGGAGCCUCGUACACUGUCAUUCUCAAAGGAGACCCUGGAGAGAUCAUUCUCCAGAAAAUGGAGGAUGUGAAGGCCAACAAUGUCCACAUAGCCUGGCAGAUUCCACAAUACGUCCUGAUCACAGCAGGAGAAGUCAUGUUCUCCAUCACAGGCCUCGAGUUCUCCUACUCACAGGCCCCAGCUAACAUGAAGUCAGUGCUGCAGGCCGGCUGGCUGCUGACUGUAGCCUUUGGCAAUGUCAUUGUGCUGAUCGUCGCAGAGGGGGCAGGUCUGGAUCAGUGGAUGGAGUUCCUGCUGUUUGCUGGCCUCCUGGUGGCAGUCUGCAUCAUCUUCUCCAUCAUGGCUUACUUCUACACCUACGUAGACCCUGACGAGCUAGACAAGCUGUUCCCAGACAAGACAGUCAAUGACGACGAUGAAGACAACUUGAAAAAGAACCAGAAAUACCACAUGGACCAGACAGACAGCAGUAUGUACUUGAACCCAAUAGGGAAGAGCACUAAGAUGUAGCUUGGUGACUGACGUACUGUGUUAACACUUCCCCCUCGAUAAACCUGUAAGCCCCUAUUGUGGAAUGUUUUUAUGCAUUGGUAAAUCGGAGCAAAGCAUUACGAUUUGGUGAAUGGUGUUUGAGUAUAUUUUCACUGAGCCUUACUGUAUGUAGUUUGUUGUUGUCACAUCCUGUCUGUGUGAUCUUAUGUACUAACCAGAGUUAGCACUCCAACCUAGACACCUCGAAAUCCACAGGUGAAACCAGGACCAGUAGGAACAAAACAACAUUGUUGAAAUACUUUAUGGCAAAAAUAAAAUAAAAUAAAUUGAAUUUCUAACAUUUUACAGAAUUUUACAGUACUGCUUCAUAAUUAAACAAACGUUAGUUUCCUGUUUAUAAUGUUGUUCAUAGUAGACAAGGAACACAACUGUCUCUUACAGUUAAUGAUAAAUGAAAGAGAACCUAUCCAAAAACAACACAAUAACAGGACAUUGUAAAAAUGGUCCCUCUUCAUACUGGCUACUUGAGAGGCAACAGUAAACAUGUAGUCCCACACAAAUGAUGCAGCGCCACCACCUUGGGCUAAUUGAGAUAUUGCGUGUGACUAGCAAAUUUCAGUUAAUUACUAUAGCUCCACACCUUGGCCAAUCAGUGUAAUUUUGUAAAAGCCGGAUCUCUGUGGCAAGACGUACGUACGUACGAACAAAAGGAAGGAUGGAGACAAAUCCACAGUCCCCUCCCCGGUUUCAUCGUGGGGGACAACUAUGGAGUCAGGGAAAAGUCUCAAGACACUCUAGAGAAGACAUGUUGCUCCUAAUCAUCAGCAUAACAUUUUCUAAUCUUGAGAAACAUUUUUCUGUAAUUUUACUGUAAAUAAAAAUUUAAGUGCUAAAUAAAAAGGUGUACAUUUCUCUAGUUGAA